GUCACUUUCCAGAAUCCCCCUUCAAGUCAUCAACGACGAGACGAGAGACCCAGAGCAACGACACGCUGUAUUUAUAAUCUGGUCUACGCCACUGUCGCUCUCCCUUUUUUUUUUAAAUACCAAGCCGAAUUCCAAGUCAAUACAGUACAGGAUGUCUCUGUACCCAUCUCUCGAGGACCUAAAGGUUGACAAGGUGAUGAAGGCCCAGGCCCAGUUCGCCCAGACCACCACCAACGCCACCAUGCCAGCCAUCACUGAGGGAAGUGACCAGCCGCAGCUUGGCACGGCUGGGAUGCCUUCAUCCUCCUUGUAUCCAAAUCUGGAGGAGCUGGGAGAGUACAUGGGCCUGAGCCUCAACAGCGAUGAGGUGCAGAGGAACUUGGCCUUGUUGCCUGCUGCCAAUAAUCAAGUGGCAGUGCCCUCCUACUCAGGUGUCGGUGGGAUGGUGUGUCCUGUGACAGGGUCAGAUGUUGGCAUCAGGAGGGCUGAGGUUCGCCAAGGGCUGCGGGAAAUUAUUCUCUGCAAAGACCAGGACGGCAAGGUCGGACUUCGCCUCAGGGCAAUUGACAACGGAGUGUUUAUCCAGCUGGUGCAGGCCAAUUCCCCUGCCGCCUUGGCCGGACUGCGCUUUGGUGACCAAGUUCUGCAGGUUAACGGCCAGAACUGUGCCGGGUGGAGUGUUGAUAAGGCCCACAAGGCCUUGAAGGCUGCAGCAGAGACCCGCAUUGAGCUUGUUGUCCGGGACAGGCCAUUUCAGCGCACAGUCACCAUGCAGAAAGAUAGCUCAGGCCACGUGGGCUUCAUCUACAAGUCUGGUAAAAUCACAUCAUUGGUCAAGGAUGGCUCUGCAGCCCGCAAUGGCCUGCUGACUGACCAUUACAUCUGUGAGAUCAACGGACAGAACGUUAUCGGACUCAAGGAUUCCCAGAUUAAGGAUAUUUUGAACACAUGCCCAACCGCCAUGACCAUCACCAUCAUGCCCAAGUUCAUCUACGAACACAUGAUUAAGAGGAUGUCCACCAGCCUUCUGAAGUCGGCCAUGGAUCACUCCAUCCCAGAGGUGUGAAGUUCAGGAGCGGGACCCCUAGAUAUCCGCCUUCUCUCUUUUCCUCCCAUCCUUUGUCUGUCUCUUUCUGCCUCUUGUAUCAUCAGCGCCUUCAUUUAUCGACAUAAUCUCACAAUGCCUUGGUUAUAGCUUUCAGUAAUCUUAAAGGUCAUUAUAUUUCAAUUGUUUUGUUUACAGUUUUCCUCUGCUGACACUUGUAGUUAUUUUUUUAAUCAAAGAUUUACAUUGUCCUUGUAGACCAAAAUGAAACAAGUGUUAUUUUAUUGGUUUGAGUUUUUUUUCCAACCAUGCAAACUUCUGAGUCCAGAGCUUCCUCCUGGCGAUGGAGACGAUCGUUUAUUUCUUUCACCUUGUCGUCCAAGAUGCUGUAAAGAGUCAGCAACCUGAGCCCCACCGACCGUGCGCACCCGGGGAUGUGUGCUCACUUAACCUUAUCCAGUGUAGGCGUUCUUAUUUGGUCAGUACAGCCAGUCGAUUUCAGUGUUAUGUGUUUUUUUUAACGGUAUGACAUUUUAUCUGGGGGGGGAGUAGAAUUGACAUUGACUGUGCUUGCAUGGAUAACAGGAACUGGAACAUGGUUUAUUGGAACUGCAUUUGGCAAUAUUAGGAAUGAUUGCUUAACUCGAAAUAAAAUCUAUCAGUUGUCUUAUGCUGCAUUCUGGGACAGCUUGGAAGCAAAGAAUAUCCUACUUGGAAUCCCAGUGGACACUUAGUAAACAAAUAAAUUAGCUUACUUCUUAGAGACGACAUUAUAAUAGAUUUUCCUGAAAGCUAGUCGAUAUGCCAACAACUUGUUUUUUUUUUUUACAUUUGACAAAAUUACUUAAAACAGAGAUAGCAGUAGCAAUAUACAUUUAGACCAGUUUACAUUGAUAUCUACUAUAACUAAUAAUACAGAUACCUACACAACUUAAUCUCUGAAUUAGCAAAUCAAAACUUCAUCUUAAUUUUGCACGAUUCCCAAUUUUUUUAAAUAUAACGUUAGGCACAGUGUGUUUUGAUUUUAGUGGCAUUUGUGCCAGCAGAUAUUCAGAUGCCCCAGUCGUCACUUCUCAAUGUUGUCCAUGGAAUCACAGCCACUGGGACGAGAGCCUCUCUUCGUAUGCUGCCUGGAUAAGCAAAUAGUCAAAGAUGAAAAUGGCCGCAGCUUCCAGCGUGUUACCAAGCUAUAAUCGGGAUCAUAGUGCAUCAUGGCAUUGGCGAGCAGGAUACCAUCAUUUCAAGGGGGACUGGAGUAGUUUUUGUCAGGGGCCGGGUAUGUGUUGGGCGGACCCACUAAGUGCACUUUCCACCACCUAUUUUUUUUUUUUCUCAAAUAGAGGUUGUCUUUCCUUUUUCCCCAUUUCAAAAGCCGUUUGUUUUGUCGUUGAAAUUAUUGUGUGUGGUGCCUCUUGUCAACAAAUCUACCCUCGAAAUGUUCCCUUCAAGAGCUGCUCAAAUUCGAUGCUGAAAAUCAACCUUUUGGAUUGAUAAAUGGGUACAAAACCCGCUCGUGUCCCUCCCCUGCUGUCUUUUUCCAAACUGAAGAGCACAGUGAAAUCAGGCAAUUUUUUUUAACUUCUGUCAAGUUGCUCCAUUUUGGGUGCAUGUAUUCUUUUGCCUUUUCUGGGUAUGCAAUCUGAUAAAAAUCCUUCAUAUUCUGUAAAAAAAAAGUUUAUAUUUGAAUGUAACCAAGAUAAUACUAUUGUAAAACAAAUAAACUGUCUUUCUGUUCA